CAGUUCGGCACUCGAAAUGCAGUACGGCCGCAAGUGUCUAGUGUGUAAGAAUACCCGUCAGCGUGAGCCCAGCUGUCGGUUGUUCAAAUUCCCAGCCCGCGGCUGUCCAAUGUGGUACCGGUGGCUGGAGGCAUGCGGCCUCCGUGAAUUCGAUAUCGACGCAAGUUCCCGGGAACCGCCGCGGCUGUGUCAGCGCCAUUUUCAAAAGAAGGACUUCCUGACGCGUCAGCUUACGGGAACGGCCGUUCCUUCGGUAUUUCCGGUCACGGUUUAUACGGAAAUCGAUGGCGGUAAUUCGUCGGUGCGAAAAUCGGUGGUCGGAUUGCAACAGCAGCAACAACAGGUAAUUGGAGACGUUUAUCAGAUAGACGAGGUGACAAUGCAACAGGAAGAGAUUUUCAACGAUGUGAUAGAGUAUAGCGAAAGUAUUCCGGAUGGUUCGAUAGAUGGGAGCGUUGACAAUGACGGACAGCUGGCUACGAUUGUUCUAACCGAGGACCCGGCUCAAUUAAAGUUAGAGACGGAUCUUCAACCGCUGGUGAUUGAUUGUAAUGUAGAAGAGCAUACGAGAUUGUCGGAAGAUUUGCUAAAUGAACGAGGUAAAGUGGAACUGCUUGCUAGGGAGCUCCUUGAAAAGGACAGAAUCAUAAGGGAACAGUAUGAGCUACUUAAGCAACUUGGUGUUCACCUGGUUACUUUUACGGAAGUUCAGCAAUAAUUUCAGAGCGCUAGAUCUCGUGUGAAGUGAUAGAAAUAAACUGUAAUUAA